UUUUUUCACUUUUCAUUCGCUACUUGUUUUUUUAGUUUCUUCGUGUGUUGUACAUUCUAAUUCUAAUUUUGAUUUUUUUUUCAUUACAUAAAAUUUAUAUUUCAAAUAGAUAUCAACCAUUUUGUUGUGAUUCUGAUUGUCCAUUCAUUCAAUUAACGAUGACACAAGAUAAACAUUCGUUUAUUGGUCUUGGAAAUCCAUUAUUGGAUGUUAUGGCAUCUUGUGAUGAAGAAUUUCUUAAAAAAUACGAUCUCAAACCUAAUGAUGCUAUUUUGGCUGACACUAAACAUGCAAAACUUUGUUCCGAAAUGUUAGAAAAAUUUAAUGUUCAAUAUUUAGCCGGUGGUUCGGUACAGAAUACAAUGCGUGUUGCACAAUGGUUUUUUAAAGAGCCAAAUGUUUGUGUAUUUUUUGGCUGUGUUGGUGAUGAUGAUUUUGGUCGACAAAUGAAACGUAAAGCAGAAGAAGAUCAUGUAAAUGCUGUUUAUAUGGUUGAUUCAGAAACACCUACCGGUACUUGUGCUUGUUUGAUUACAAAACAUGGUAAACAUCGAUCAUUAUGUGCAUAUCUUGGAGCAUCACAAAAAUUCUCAAUCGAUCAUGUGAAAAAAAACAUUGAUUUGGUCGAAUCGGCACGUAUAUAUUAUGUAUCGGGUUUUCAUUUGAUUAUCAGUUUAGAACCAACAUUAUUAUUGGCUAAACAUGCACAUCAAUUUCAACAUAAAUUGUUUGUUAUAAAUCUUUCUGCACCAUAUAUUUCUGAAUUUUAUUCAGAACAAUUACUUCAAGUUAUGCCAUAUGUAGAUCUAUUGUUUGGUAAUGACAGUGAAGCUAAUUCUUUUGCUAAGAUGCAAAACUGGGAGACUACUGAUGUAAAAGAAAUUGCUCAAAAAAUAGCUGAUUGGGAACCAAUUUAUCGUCCACGAACAGUUAUAAUAACACAAGGAAAACGUCCAAUAAUUGUUGCCUUUUCAAAUAAUCGACUACCAUUGGAAACAUAUACGGUACCGCUGUUAAAAGAUGAGGAAAUUGUCGAUACUAAUGGUGCUGGUGAUGCAUUUGUUGGUGGAUAUAUUGCCUAUCUUUUGGCAAACAAACCAUUGUCCGAAUGUAUGAAAGCUGCAAGUUUUGCUGCACAAGAAGUAAUUAAACAAUCUGGUUGUACUUUUCCAAAAGAAAAUCGAAUGAAACUUUGAAUAAGAUAUUAAAUUUUAG